AAAAGUCCCUAAAAAUGAUGACACUGUUACCAAAACAUUUGCUGCACUGAUGCACACACACACGGACUUGCACAGACAUUACACCGUGCAUCACACACGCGCGCGCGCGCGCACCCUCCUUCCUGCAUCAUAGCCCCGCUGUUACCAUCACACGUUCACGUAAUACUCCCCGUGAACAAGCUGAGUUGUUGGAAAAUUUGCUCGAGGAUCUUAAAUCUGUCUGAUAGCGCGCCGCCUGUAGAAUCUGUGGAGAGAGAAAAGUGAAGCCGCGCCAGGGAAAAAAACAAAAACUCAAAUAGCCCAUAAAGACAGGUGGAUUGGAUUAUUGAUCAGUACACCCUUUCACUUCAUUGAAGGUUGUGUUGUGGCAGGACAUUCCCUGGCUAGGGCAGGAGCUGCCAUGCCAUUUGGUUGUCUGACACUUGGGGAGAAGAAGGAUUACAACAAUCCCUCAGAGGUGACCGACAAAUAUGACCUCGGACAAAUUGUCAAAUCAGAGGAGUUUUGUGAGAUUUUCCGGGCAAAGGAUAGGAACACCUUGAAAAUGUACACCUGUAAAAAGUUCCACAAAAAGGACGGGAGGAAAGUGAGGAAAGCUGCCAAGAAUGAGAUAAUGAUCUUAAAGAUGGUAAAACAUCAUAACAUCCUCCAGCUGGUUGACGCUUUUGAAACUAAGAAAGAGUACUUCCUUUUUCUGGAGCUCGCUACAGGCAGAGAGGUCUUUGACUGGAUCUUAGAUCAAGGCUACUACUCAGAGAGGGACACUAGCAAUGUCAUGAGGCAGGUGUUGGAAGCUGUAGCUUACCUGCACUCUCUGAAAAUUGUCCACAGAAAUCUGAAGCUGGAGAACUUGGUGUACUUUAACCGUUUGAAGCACUCCAAAAUUGUUAUCAGUGACUUUCAGUUGGCAAAACUGGAAAAUGGACUCAUUAAGGACCCGUGUGGGACUCCAGAGUAUCUUGCUCCUGAAGUGGUCGGGAGGCAGAGAUAUGGGCGACCUGUUGACUGUUGGGCCAUAGGUGUCAUCAUGUAUAUACUUUUGUCUGGGAACCCUCCUUUCUAUGAUGAUGCUGAUGAAGAUGAUGAUCGCGAUAAGAACCUUUUCCUUAAGAUUUUGUCAGGGGACUAUGAGUUUGAUUCACCGUACUGGGAUGACAUUUCAGAUUCUGCUAAAAACUUAGUGGCGUCUUUGAUGGAAGUGGACCAAGAUCAGCGAUUGACUGCACAGGAAGCUAUAGCCCAUGAAUGGAUUUCUGGAAAUGCUGCCUCAGACAAGAACAUUAAGGAUGGUGUCUGUGCACAAAUAGAGAAGAACUUCGCCAAAGCCAAGUGGAAGAAAGCUGUUAGAGUGACCACCCUCAUGAAGAGGCUCAGAGCGUCUGAGCAUGGUGACUCUGGGGCCUCUGGGGCUGCAGCCGACCCCAACACACCUGGCGGUGCUCCCGCUCCUCCGGCCGCUAGUGGCGACGGCGUGGCUGCUAGCAUAAAAGCUGCUCCUGACACACAGACUACCACCAUCUCUGCUCUCUCCCCGCCCAGUGCAGCCAGACAGGAUGAUCAGCCUCAGGCACGGUGCAACGGCGAUGUUCCCCAGAUGUUGCCACCGAGAAAGGGAGACUAGGUGCCAGUCAGAUAAAAGAAGAGGACCCUUGCCAACCAACAAGCACACGUGCAGUACAGUCAAUAUGUUUGGCAUGACGAUACCAUGUCUAUGCUGUUUGACUAUCCCCCACUUUGCAGAAUUAUUUCACAACAUCAUGCGUUCCAUCUUUUUUGCCUUCUGUACUGAUUGGUCUAUUGAAUAGUGUUCUCCAUUAUCCCUUGUUAUUUUAUGUACAAAUCCCUUUAAAGCUAGUUGCAAAGUAGCUCUUCUGUUGUUUCCUUUCCCCUAAGGACUAUAAAAACUCAUAGUGUAAUUUAGUGAACUCGACUCAUCUUUAUUCAUCGGCUCAUUGUAUAUAGAUGUAUUUGUCUGUUUUGACAGGUUGCUAGUUUUCAGCUUCAGAACUUAAAAUCCUGAGUUCAUGUCUUGUGACUUAAAAUUAUGAGUUGAAAGAUUUAUUAAAUUGGUCACGCCAAGGUUUUUCACAAAUUGAAUUUACAUGAACACUCCCACCAUGUAUGUUUGGGUUAACUCUUUAAAAACUAUGCUUCAAAUUGGAAAUCAGACCAGGAAGUUACAACCUUGUCAGGUAUAGCUUGAAUGGAUCAUAAGACAAUUUAUAGAAAAAAAUAAAAAUGAAAUUGAUUUUAUCUAUACUGAAAACUUCUAAAUUAUUUGACAUUAUUUGACAGUUAUCCAAACUAUUUUUUUAGUGAAAGACUAUGUAACAAUCAGAUACAGAUCCCAAUUUUUGGAUUCAACUUGACAAAAAUAUCUCCUGGUUUAUCUUCAGCGCAGUACAACUUCAGACAACUUAGAAUUUUAAGGCAGCAAGAAAGCAUAUUUUUAAGUUAAAGUGCCUUAAUAUUUGUUGCAGUAAUGUACUGACAUGUUUCAAGAGAAACAACUUGAUUAUAAUUGCUUACUGACUUCUUUGAAAUGUUUUAGUUGUUUUCCUUUGCUCCUCUGUUUAGUCUUUCGCUGCUGUAUUGAUACUUGUGUUCUGUCCUCUUCACACUUCAUUUAAAACACAGAAAUCUAGAUUUAGAGCAUUUUAUGUGAAGUGAUGUUUUAGCUGUUGUUGUUGUGUUGUCACUUGUAAUUAGUAAAUUCAGAGUUUAUAGCCGAGUCCAUAUACUGUAUCACUAUGUAUAUUUGCAUUGUAUACAUGUGUAUUUUUUUAUUUACAUGUGUAUUUAGCAACAUUUAGCUGAGCUAAUGGGUUGCUACAACGCUUGUGAAUGAAUAAAAUGAGCAAUACUAAUGUU